GUGUUGUUCUGCCGUUGACUUUGUGGUUGUGUUGUGUUUCUGGUUGCCUAUCCCCACCGCUGCACUGCUUUUCAAGAGCAGAAUCUGUCAGGGAAAAAAUAACACAUAACCGAAAUCAAGCAAAAAGAAAUCCUUCAUACGAUUCAAAAGUCCCCGACUCUCGUUAGAUUUCAUUCAAAAGUUCGAGAGUUGUAAACAAUGGCAACAAUACAUAUCCACCCCAAGGCACAAUUUGCUAAAAAGAAUUCCAAGCUGCAAAGUAUGCCUUUCAAGGUUCAUGCAGAUUGUGAUGCGAAUGUCGAGCAAUAUUUCAACAGUUAUGUGAAAACAACUAAAGACAAUUAAUAUCGAAUCAUGCACUAUGAGAAACUAGAUAAUGAAAUAUUAUUUAAAUGUAGUGAAACAGUCUCUUUGUAUCAGUUUAAUAUUUUUGAAAUCCCAGACAAGAGGAUUGUGCAGCCGCUGACUCUACCAAACACUACAAAUAAGAUGUAGGUAUAGGGAAAGAAGAAAACUAAAGAAAAAUAAAUCUGAUUGACUUAUGACCCUGGCUAAUGUGCCACAAUGUGAUAGUGGUUCUAUGAAGAAUUCGGAAAAUACCGUUAGAACUUUUCGCUAGUUGAUACAGAAACUUCUUCAUCAGAAUUCAGUGAAGAUGAAUAAAUGAAAAUAUUUUUUGUCUAUAUCAGAAGGUGAAUUAAACCAUGUAUUAGCUUACUUCAUUCAGUAACUUAAUAAAAAAUCACAUUUUGAAUGUCAAAGUUUGUUUUAUUUUAAUUUUAUCCCUUACAAAAUCAAAAAAACUGUGUAAACCAGUCAAGUUUAUUAAUUUUCUCCUCAUAGCUCAUUUAUUUUUUUAAUUUACAGAUUGAUAUAUUUAAAAAGUAAAGCAGCAGAAUUAUCAGCAAUUGACAAAAAAUACG